AUGUCCAGAGGGACAUCUGUCCUCUCCGUCCUGGUGCUGACGGGGACUCUGAGACUGUCUGCAGGAAACCCUGUGUCUGCUGUGAAUGGAGCUGAGGACGUCUACGAGACAAAGGAGCACUCCAACGUCUCUCUGACAUGGACCUUCAUGGUUCCCAGUGACCAGCCCCACAACUUCCUGCUGAUAGAUCUGCUGGCUGUGAAGCCACUGAGGAGGAUUUAUCUGUACGACAGCACGGAGGCUGAGCCGUACACAGAUGUUUCCUACAGAGGUCGACUGCAGUGUGACGUCCAGCUCGCCAGAGGACGGAUUGAAUGUCUCCUGAAGGAUCUGAGGCUCAGCGACGCCGGAACGUUUCAGUGGGUCGUCGUCGCCGAUGGAAAGAGUCGCCACAGGAAGUGUGAGCUCAGAGUCACAAAAUCUAUGCAUCAAACUCAUGAGGAGAAUCCAAAUCCAGCAGGUCGGGGAAGAAUCGGAUUUUAUUGUGGUUCUGUUAGCAGCACGAUCCAGCAGGUGACCAGCGUCAAGCUCCUGUUGGAAACAGUUGGUCUGGUCAGCAGUGAGAAACAGCAGCUGUUGGUGCUGGAGAAUCAGCUCCAACAGCCGGGGGUCAACAGCAGCACCGGCUGUUGA